AUGAUCGUCUCUCUUCUCCGUGCAAUCAAUAACGCCGUUUCGACAUUUUCUACUUCCCUCGGGUCGCAUACUUUUCAUAUAUUUUCCGAACGUGAUGCUGAAUCGUCGUGCUUGUCAUCAAAUGCGUUUUUAUUUGGUGUCUUCGAUGGACAUGGUGGCCAUUCAUGCAGUAGACACGUGUCUGUCUUGUUGUUUUCGUAUAUAUAUGCUUCAGUUUUGCAAAAACACGAGGUAAAACUUCUUCCACCUGAUGGUCGUCUCCAAUGGUUUUUCAGUAGCGCAGACACCCAUUUGCCAAAUUUGUUUAUCGAAUCUGAGAAAGAUCAAAUAAUCGACUAUUACAUAUCUUUUAUUGAGCACAAGGAUCUCCAUACAGUCCGUGAUGCCCUCAAACUCGCCUUUGAAAUGUGUGAUGAGAACUUAUGUAAAGCAGCUUUACCUGAUAAUCGCAGUCAGAUUGAUAGGUUGUCGAUGGCUACGGCCGCUGCGGGUUCUUGUGCGACACUUGCUCAUGUACGAAAAGGUAACCUUCAUGUAGCUAAUGUAGGAAACGGCGCUGCUGUCUUAGGCGUUGUAAACCCAAGCGGCAAUGUCAUAGCACGGCAACUCUCUAGAGCUCACUGUAUAGAUAACGCAGAUGAGCAUCCCAUGUAUGAGACGCAUAUACUUCGAGGAGGAAGAUUAUUGGGGGAACUAUAUCCAUUACGAGCAUUUGGUGACGUGCGGUUCAAAUGGCCUUUAGAUCUGCAAAAGGUCGUCGAAAAGAUGAUUUUAAAUGCUACUAACAAACGCUAAAAUGCAAUGCCGAGGGAUGGAUGCAGAAUCGAAAACUUCCAAGGGAAAUCACUCUGACUGUAUUCCCAAAGCAAAGAGAAAAUGUGUUGGGAAUCCAAGUUCGAGGGUGGAUAACCCGGAGAAUCCAGAUGGCACAGAAGACUCUGAAUCAUUAACUGGAUAGUGCUUGCAUAUAUGCUUUUAUUGCCUUACUCGCCUUGAAAUUUUCGAAAUCUGAACUUUCUUCACUUGUCAUGUGAUAUGUACUCUAUAUCUCGGUGCAACACUUACUUUCUGGAUUCUGGUGAUAAAUAGAGUGAUUUAUUUCAUCGCAAAUCACGCCUCCUCAUAUAGGCGUGUUAUAUUACUCAGGGUCAUGAUUCUAGCAGAGAAGUCAAAUGAUUAUAAGUAGCACAAUUCAUG